CUCUCUCCUCUCGCAGCAAGAUGGUUCAGGUGAAGGUGAUAGACGAUGAGGAGUAUGAGAAAAACAAGAACUUCUUCCUGGAGUUGGCCGAGCCGCGCAUGGUAGACAUGAGCCUGCAGAAAGAUGUCCCAAAGUUGUUGUCAGAGGAAGAGGAAGCUAAGCGGAUUGCAGAGAUGGGGAAACCAUCUCUGGGGGAACACUCCAAAAUGGAGGUUUUCAUCGAGGAGUCCUAUGAGUUCAAGAAUACGGUGGAUAAGCUGAUAAAGAAGACCAACCUGGCUCUGGUGGUGGGCACCAACUCCUGGAGACAACAGUUCAUGGAGGCCAUCACAGUCAGUGCAGGAGACGAGGAUGAGGAAGACUCCGGUGAAGAGCGUCUCCCGUCUUGUUGUGACUACGUCAUGCACUUCCUCACCGUCUUCUGGAAAGUGCUGUUCGCCUGUGUUCCUCCCACGGACUACCUGAACGGCUGGGCCUGCUUCUUCACCUCCAUCGUCAUCAUCGGCAUGCUGACCGCAGUGAUCGGAGAUCUGGCCUCUCACUUUGGCUGCACCAUCGGGCUGAAGGACUCCGUUACUGCCGUGGUGUUCGUGGCGCUGGGUACGUCUGUCCCUGACACAUUUGCCAGUAAGGUAGCGGCUGUGCAGGACACAUAUGCAGACGCCUCCAUCGGUAAUGUGACGGGCAGCAACGCCGUCAACGUGUUCCUGGGCAUCGGGGUGGCGUGGUCGAUAGCUGCCAUCUACUGGCACAUGCAGGGCAAGCAGUUUGUGGUGGAGGCCGGCUCCCUGGCCUUCUCCGUCACCCUCUACACCAUCUUCGCCUUCCUGGGGGUCUCCGUGCUGCUGUACCGCCGCCGGGCCCACAUCGGGGGGGAGCUGGGCGGGCCGCGCGGCCACAGACUGGCCACCUCAGCCUUCUUCUUCAGUCUCUGGUUCCUCUACAUCCUCUUCUCCAGCAUGGAGGCCUACUGUCAUAUAGAGGGCUUCUAGAACCUCCUGGAACACUUCUGUAACACUUCUAGAAUUCUUCUGAGACACUUCUAGAACACUUCUGGGACACUUCUAGAAUUCUUCUGGGACACUUCUAGAACACUUCUGAGACACUUCUAGAAUUCUGCUGGGACACUUCUAGAAUACUUCUGGGACACAUCUAGAAUACUUCUGGGACACUUCUAGAAUUCUUCUGGGACACUUCUAGAACACUUCUGAGACACUUCUAGAAUACUUCUGAGACACUUCUAGAGCCUCCUUACAGGAGGUUGAAAAUAUAACUUAAUGGAGAGUAAAAGUAGGAUUCUCAGUGUGGAAUGAUGUAAUGAUGGAAUGAUAUUUUGCUGGUAUGAAGGGAUGAGAGGAGGAGAACAGUAUGAGGUAAAGGGAGUUGGUGGUGGCCCCCCUCUCCUCCGACCCACCACCUUCCCUCAGCCCCACUCGAAGGACCCCCAGACAUAAUCUCCUCUGAAGGUAUCUGUUAAGGCAGGGAGAGCCGGUCUGCUACCCACAUGGGUGUGCUUACAGCUGGGGUUGGGGUACCUGUAUACCGGGGUAAGAACACCAGAGGGUGUCUCAUCUGGUCUGGUCUGUAUUCCACUGGAAGAGACAAUAAGCUGAUGAGAUCUGAGCUAUCAGAAGAAGUCUAUAUUUUUCUCAACACCUUGAUGAAAACAACCUUUUCUAAACUAAGUAUUUUGGGGGAUAAAACCAAAACACUUUUUUUUUUUUUUACAAAAAAAAAAGAGGAAAUCAAAGAUACUAUUUUCUAGAUCUUUAUGGAGAACAAAACAUGUUAUAUAACUAAUGGAACAUAUAUUGUUGAUGAUGAGUGACAAUUGAAUGGUCAUAGUAUUUAGUAGUAUUUUAUUUGCUUAGUUUCUUAUUAAGGAACGAAUAAGAGACAAGAAACAGCAGAGUUGUCAGAGGCAAGAAACUAAAACAGGAAGCGCCCGUGGAGGAGGAGGAACAACAGAGAACAAGUACAGACAGAUCAACUAUCAAACUAAAGACAGGAGGAGGAGGAAGAGGAGGAGGAUGAGGAGGAGUGGAAGAAGAUGAGGAAGACAUUGAAGGAUAACAUUAUCAGAGUGCCCUGAACAUUACUUCAGUACAUCUGUCUGUAUAUAGCAUAUUUCCAUAUAUUCUGUAUAUUUUGACUAUUUAUUUCAAUGUGGUCACAUUCAGCUUCUUCAGUCCUACAGGGACUUCAGCUCCUAC